AUGGCCGCUCCCUUCUCCAAGAGUGGCCUCCAGGUACUCGCCGGCGAGUACCUGGGCGGUUCUUUUCUGAAGUGGGACGAGAUGUCCCUCUUCGACCAGCUUUUCGGCGUGGGCUUCGAGCCCGAGAUGUGUGUGCUGACCUGGGAGCUGACCGAGUUGCUUUGCAACUUGGUUAUCGUCGUGGGUCCCGGCUUGCCGGACGCGUUCUUCCUCCGUGUCGUCCUGGCUCCCGAGUUUGUGUGGUUCGGUCUCCACUGGGCAGGGUUGCCAAACCCUGUCCCACUGUCCACCUACUCCUCCGCCCUCCCCGACGUCUUCCACUCCCGCCCCCUGGCCGCGUCAAUGGCCCUCCAUCAAAACAUGGGGGUUGGGGACCAGUGGAAGUCCCUCGUCAGCCGUCUCUGGGCUCACUUCGAGCCCUACGCCUCCUCUCCCUCCGCUCCCGCUUCCUCCGCCGCCGCCGCCGCCGCUCCCUCUGCCGCCGCCGCCGCCGCCGACGAUGCCCUGCCCAUGGAGGGCAUUGAGUUUGUGUCUGGUGUCUGUGUCGACACCAUGGUCCGUGAGUUUUCUCCGGCCAUGGAUGUCUGUGCUGUUCCUGGGGCCGCUGCCCCCUCUCCUGUGACCUCGCCUGCUGGUCUCCCGGAGGUCUCGAGCUGGCGUUCGGCCGCUCCCUCCCCCAGCCCCGAGCCCGAAGUCCCUACCAAGGGCAAGUACCGACAGGGGUACUAG